GGACAGUAGGCUAGGGGCCGUACAAGGGUCUGUUCCACCCUGGGCGGUCCCCUCUUUUAAACGCAAGUCUCCGGAGAAUCUCACCCAAACCAUGACGAGUCUGGAGAAGUCUAAUAUCGCAGGCCACAUGUUCGACGUAGUCGUGAUUGGAGGCGGCAUCUCAGGAUUGGCUGCUGCCAAACUCUUGUCUGAAUAUAAAAUUAAUGUCUUGGUUUUGGAAGCUCGUGAUAGAGUUGGAGGAAGAACAUAUACUGUGAGGAAUGAGCAUGUUAAAUGGGUAGAUGUUGGUGGAGCCUAUGUGGGACCAACCCAGAACAGAAUUUUACGCUUGUCUAAAGAGCUAGGCAUAGAGACUUAUAAAGUGAACGUUAAUGAACGUCUAGUUCAAUAUGUGAAGGGGAAAACUUAUCCAUUCCGUGGUGCGUUUCCACCUGUGUGGAAUCCCUUGGCAUAUUUGGAUUAUAACAAUCUGUGGAGGACAAUGGAUGAAAUGGGAAAAGAGAUCCCUGUUGAUGCACCAUGGCAAGCAAGACAUGCUGAGGAAUGGGACAAGAUGACCAUGAAAGAUCUCAUUGAUAAAAUCUGCUGGACAAAAACUGCUCGGGAAUUUGCUUCUCUUUUUGUGAACAUCAAUGUGACUUCUGAGCCUCAUGAGGUAUCCGCCCUGUGGUUCUUGUGGUAUGUGAAGCAGUGUGGUGGCACCACUCGGAUAUUCUCAGUCACCAAUGGAGGCCAGGAACGAAAAUUUGUAGGUGGAGCUGGCCAAGUGAGUGAAAAGAUGAUGGAUCUUCUUGGGGAUAAAGUGAAACUGAACUCUCCUGUUACUUAUAUUGACCAAACAGAUGACAACAUCAUUGUAGAGACACUGAAUCAUGAACACUAUGAGUGUAAAUAUGUAAUUAGUGCCAUUCCACCAACUUUGACUGCCAAGAUACACUUCAAGCCAGAGCUUCCACCUGAGAGAACCCAGUUAAUUCAGCGUAUUCCGAUGGGGGCUGUCAUCAAGUGCAUGGUGUAUUACAAGGAAGCCUUCUGGAAGAAAAAGGACUAUUGUGGAUGUAUGAUAAUUGAAGAUGAGGAUGCACCAAUUGCAAUCACUCUGGAUGACACCAAACCGGAUGGAUCAGUGCCUGCCAUCAUGGGCUUCAUACUUGCCCGGAAAGCUGAUCGACUUGCUAAACUACAUAAAGAAAUAAGGAAGAGGAAAAUCUGUGAGCUCUAUGCCAAAGUUCUGGGAUCUCAAGAAGCUUUACAUCCAGUCCAUUAUGAAGAGAAGAACUGGUGCGAAGAGCAGUACUCCGGAGGUUGUUACACAGCCUACUUCCCUCCCGGCAUCAUGACCCAGUAUGGAAGGGUGAUUCGCCAGCCAGUAGGCAGAAUUUACUUUGCAGGCACGGAGACAGCUACACAGUGGAGUGGCUACAUGGAAGGAGCAGUCCAAGCUGGAGAACGAGCAGCUAGAGAGGUCUUGAAUGCUCUAGGAAAAGUUCCCAAGAAAGACAUAUGGGUUCAAGAGCCUGACUCUAAGGAUGUUCCAGCAUUUGAAAUUACUCACACCUUCUUGGAGAGGAACCUGCCUUCCGUGCCUGGUCUACUAAAGAUCACUGGUUUUUCCACCUCUGUGGCUCUUCUCUGCUUUGUAUUGUACAAGUUUAAACUGCUGCCGUGAUCCUCAGGCCUCCUACUUGAUCAUCCUUAGCACCAUCACCAUCAAAAGGAAAAUGUAGAUGAAGUACAGCCCGUGUCACUGGGCCAUUUAAGUGCACUUGAUUUAACCCUCCUCAGUUUAAUCUCAGUUUUUGUAAAGUGAUAACAAUCCAAAGAAUCACCUAGCUAAUUUUAGUAAGAUUAAGUUUCAUUCUGUUUAUUUCACUAAUUUGUGUUUGCUGGUAGAAUAAAAUCCUGUGAGUAUUUGAUUUCAAAAAGGUGAAAUACUUGUGAAGAAUAAUUCUGGGUUCUGUUUUUCUUGCCUUUAACGUGAAAUAGUUGAUGGUUUCAGAAAUAAAAUAUUUGACUUAUUGUGAUUUUCAUGUAGCUACCCAAAUGUGCAGAAUAAAAUGGUGGCUGAAAUGUUCUCUAGGUAUCCUCACUGACCAGUUCCAUGUGAGACGAACUACAAUAGGUACUUUUUUUUCUGGACUGUAUCUAAACAUGAAUUGGCCCUUGUCAGUAACAUUUUGUGCUGAUUUAAAGAAAGUACUAUUUUUUCCCUUUGGUCCCUGGCUAUCUGAUCAUAGAAUUGGAUCCCUAAACCACCUGUGUCUUCAAUAUGGUUAAAUAUUAGUAUGCCAUUUUCUCUCAAGUACCAAAGGACACAUGAAAUUUUCUCUAUUGUUAUUUAUUGAGACACUCAAAUACAGAAAUAAAAUUAAGGCUCAAUCUGA